AUGAAAUCCGUCGACGUCCCGGCCUUCGCCCGGACGCAGCUCGCGCUUCUGGACGCCGAGCUGCAGAGCGAGAUCCAGGAGACCAGCGGCCUGAUCGGCGGCGCCAGCCCCGCGUCGCUGCAGCGCGCCGGCCUCGCCGUCACCAACCUGACCGUGUCCUCGCAGCGCACGGGGCUAGGCGGCAGGACCGUGCUCGAGCUCGGCCCCGACGCGGCGACCACCGGCGCAGGCGAGCUUCCCGAGCACGGCGUCCGCACGGGCGAUAUCGUGCUCGUGGCCGAGCAGCCCGCGGGUAGCGCUAAGAAGCGCGAGGUCAAGGACCUCGAGCGUAAAGGUGCUAAGGGCGUCGUGGUUAGGAUUAAGAGGGAUGCGAUCGCGGUUGCCGUGGACGAGGAUAAGGAGGAUGCGGCGGGGUUCGGCGGGAGGGUUUGGUUGGUUAAGCUCGCGGAUGAUGUGACGUAUCGCCGCAUGAACCAGGCUAUGGAGAAGAUGCGGGAUAUGGGCGAGGCGGAGUACUCUGGGUUCAUGAGGGUGCUGUUCGGGCUGGCGAGCCCGUCGCCGGUGCCGGAUGAUUUGAAGGGGGAUGAGGAGGUGGGCGAGGGGAAGGUGGAGUGGUUUGAUCCGGGCUUGAAUGAGUCCCAGAAGGAUGCUAUUCGGUUCGCGCUUAGGUCGAGGGAGAUCGCGCUGAUUCAUGGGCCGCCUGGGACAGGCAAAACGCACACGCUCAUCGAGCUUAUCCUGCAGCUCGUCAAGCGCAACCAGCGCGUCCUCGUCUGCGGACCGUCCAACAUCUCCGUCGACAACAUCGUCGAGCGGCUGUCCCCGCACCGCGUGCCUAUCGUGCGCCUCGGGCACCCGGCGCGGUUACUCCCCUCCGUCCUAAGCCACUCUCUCGACGUGCUGACGCAGACCUCGGAGGCCGGGCUCAUCGUGAAAGACGUGCGCGCCGAGAUGGACGCCAAGCAGGCGGCGAUCAAGAAGGCGCGCGGCGGCAAGGAGCGCAGGGCCGUGUACGCGGACCUCAAGGAGCUGCGCAAGGAGUACCGCGAGCGCGAGCGGCGGUGCGUCGGCGCGCUCGUGGGCGGCAGCAAGGUCGUGCUGGCGACGCUGCACGGCGCCGGCGGCUUCCAGUUAAAGGGUGAGGAGUUCGAUGUCGUGAUUAUUGAUGAGGCGAGCCAGGCUCUUGAGGCGCAGUGCUGGGUCCCGCUGCUGGCGGCUAGGAAGGCUGUGUGCGCUGGCGACCAUUUGCAGUUGCCGCCGACGGUCAAGUCGACGAAUUCGAAGGGGAAGGGUAAGACGAAGGGGAAAGGGGUUAAUGAGGGAGAGAAGGAAGGCGGGGAGGGGGAUGUGAUCAAGGGGGCUAGUUUGGAGACUACGCUGUUUGAUAGACUGCUUAAGCUACAUGGCGAGGGGAUCAAGAGGAUGUUGACGACGCAGUACCGGAUGCACGAGAAGAUCAUGCGGUUCCCGUCGGACGAGCUCUACGAGGGGAAAUUGGUAGCCGCGGACGCGGUGAAGGAGAGGCUGCUCAAGGAUCUGGAGUACGGGGUUGAAGAUACGGAAGAUACGAGCGAGCCGGUCAUUUUCAUAGAUACCCAAGGAGGGGAUUACCCGGAGAAGAACGAGGAAGAGGAAGAUAAGGAGGCCAAGGGAAAGGAUAAGGAUAAGGAUGGGGAGAAGGGAAAGAAGAAGGCUACGGCUAGGUCGCUGUUUGGUGAGAGCAAGAGCAACGAGAUGGAGGCUGCGCUGGUGCGGCAGCAUGUUAAGAAGUUGGUCGAUGCUGGUGUGAGACCGGAGGAUGUCGCUGUUGUUACGCCUUACAAUGCGCAACUCGGCCUGCUGGCUCCCCUGAAGGAAGCCUUCCCCGGCAUCGAGCUCGGCUCCGUGGACGGAUUCCAGGGCCGAGAGAAAGAAGCGGUGAUCGUUAGUCUCGUACGGAGCAAUUCCGAGGGGGAGGUUGGGUUUUUGAGCGAGAAGCGUCGGCUCAAUGUUGCAAUGACAAGGCCUAAACGGUCACUCGUCGUCGUGGGUGAUUCGGAGACUGUUCGUCGAGGCAGCAAAUUUCUCAACAACUGGAUGGAAUGGCUGGAGAACAAUGCCGAUCUUCGCUAUAUUGAUUCGGCUUCGAUAGAGACGUGAUAUGUGACGAACAGGUGCGGUCGAAAUCCAUUGGCCGAGGCGAACAGACUCUACCUUAAUAUUCAGUCCCUUGGGACUGGCGAAUUGAAGGAGCAUUCAUCCGAAGUUUUAGCACGGCAAACGAUAAGUGACUAGAACACACGGAUGCGACUCUACGAUACUUGCCGAACGUCCAGUCGUUGAGAUUUCCUGGUUGAUGUUGUCUGAAUUUUAUUGAGAAGAGGUUACCUUGCAUAUCGUAGAUUUUCUGUUGGCCUCACCAACGG